CAUUUUAAUUAUGGGUUUUGAAAUUAAUCACUAUUUAUUUGAUGGGCUUUUCUUGAAAUUUCAUAAAGUUGAGUUCUUGAUAUUCAAGAUUUUGAUGCCAUUUUCACAUUUUUAGAUUUUGAGGGUUUUAUGAUAUUAAAAUGAUGUGGGGAGUGUUUAUUUGGCAAAAGUUGAGUAUUGACAGUACUGAAGGGAUGGCAUGUAUAGACAGUUCAACCAGAAGAGGAAAAGUUAAGGAACAUUAAAAACUGACACAUAGGUGUAAAGUUGUGGGUGUUUUUUAAUGUUGUGAUUGAGGCAGUUGAAAUCCAGCUAGUGAUUAGAGAAUUUGUAUCAUGGCCGCGAUGAAAGGCCUAAAUGGUGGUAGCACAGAGUUAUGUAUAGCCCCUACAUCAGGAGUUCGGAAUCUGGAAAAUGAGGCGGGAAACAGUAAUGAAGAUCAAAAGAAGGCGCCCGAGGUUAUCAAGGUUGUCCCGUUUAACAAGCUCUUCUCAUUUGCCGAUUCUAUGGAUGUUAUCUUGAUGAUCGUUGGUACCGUAGGAUCGGUUGCUAAUGGAUUAUGUAUGCCUCUUAUGAGCGUUCUUAUUGGUGAAUUAACUGAUGCUUUUGGACAAAAUCAAAACAAUAAUGAGGUGGUAGAUAAAGUUUCCCAGGUAUCAUUAAAAUUUGUCUAUCUGGCGGCGGGGGCUGGGAUAGCAUCAUUUUUGCAGGUGGCUUGCUGGAUGGUUACAGGGGAGAGACAGGCUGCUCGGAUAAGGAGUUUAUAUCUUAAGACUAUAUUAAGACAAGAUGUCAGCUUCUUUGAUGUGGAAACAAAUACCGGAGAAGUUGUGGGAAGGAUGUCUGGUGACACUGUCCUCAUACAAGAUGCAAUGGGCGAGAAGGUUGGGAAAUUUACACAGCUGGUGGCAACAUUUAUUGCAGGCUUUGCAGUAGCCUUCUUCAAAGGAUGGCUUCUUACACUUGUCAUGUUAAGUUCUAUACCGCCUCUCGUCAUAGCAGGUGGAAUGAUGUCCCUUUUGAUUUCCAAAAUGUCUUCACGUGGGCAAGAAGCUUAUGCAAAAGCUGCAAUUGUUGUUGAACAAACAAUUGGUUCAAUCAGAACGGUUGCAUCUUUCACCGGGGAAAAACAGGCCGUGGCAGAUUAUGCCAAAUCUCUUAUUAAUGCUUAUAAAUCAGGCGUUGGUGAAGGCGUGGCUACUGGAUUCGGGUUUGGAACAUUGUUCUCUGUUUUGUUCUACAGUUAUGCAUUGGCUGUUUGGUUUGGUGCAAAGAUGAUCCUGGAAAAAGGUUACACUGGGGGUGAUGUGCUCAAUGUUAUUGUUGCCGUGUUGACAGGGUCCAUGUCUCUAGGACAGGCUUCUCCAUGCCUGAGUGCGUUUGCAGCAGGUCGAGCUGCUGCUUACAAAAUGUUUGAAACUAUAAACAGGAAGCCAGAAAUAGAUGCAUAUGAUACCCGAGGAAAGAAAUUGGAAGAUAUUCAGGGGAAUAUUGAUUUAAGAGAUGUGUACUUCAGUUAUCCAGCCCGCCCAGAUGAGCAAAUAUUCAAUGGAUUCUCUCUUUCCAUUCCAAGUGGCACAACUGCAGCUUUGGUUGGACAAAGUGGAAGCGGAAAGUCAACAGUGAUUAGUCUAAUCGAGAGGUUUUAUGAUCCACAAGCGGGUGAAGUCCUUAUAGAUGGAACAAACCUUAAGGAGUUUCAGCUAAAAUGGAUUAGAGAGAGAAUUGGGCUUGUCAGUCAAGAACCUGUCCUUUUUGCAUCCAGCAUUAAGGAUAAUAUUGCUUAUGGAAAGGAUGGGGCAACUAUGGAGGAGAUCAGAGCAGCAACUGAGCUUGCAAAUGCUGCUAGAUUCAUUGAUAAACUACCUCAGGGACUGGAUACCAUGGUCGGUGAACAUGGAACCCAGCUUUCUGGUGGACAAAAGCAAAGAGUUGCUAUUGCAAGAGCAAUUUUGAAAAACCCACGAAUUCUACUUUUAGACGAAGCAACUAGUGCACUUGAUGCAGAAUCCGAGAGAAUUGUUCAGGAGGCACUAGAUAGGAUAAUGGUUAAUAGAACCACUGUCAUUGUGGCACAUCGCUUGAGCACAGUCAGGAAUGCUAAUAUGAUUGCAGUGAUUCAUCGUGGAAAGAUGGUCGAAAAAGGUUCACAUUCUGAACUACUUGAAGAUCCUGAAGGUGCAUACUCCCAGCUAAUAAGAUUGCAAGAGAUAAAUACUGAAGGUGCCGGGGGCAAAGACAAGUCAGAAACUAGUGCAGAUGGUAGAUCAUUGAGUCAAAGAAUGUCAAGCCAGAGAUCAAUAAGUCGGGACUCAGCAGGUCUAGGAAAUAGCAGCCGACGUUCACUUUCUGUUUCAUUCAAUCUACACACUGGACCUAGCUUUACUGAGGUUACAUUGGCAGAACCUGAAAGCCCUAGCGGGAAAGCAUUAGAACAGGCUCAAAAGGUCCCAUUGCGUCGACUUAUGUAUCUCAACAAACCUGAGUUACCAAUCCUAGUUGUUGGAUCUAUAGCUGCAAUCCUGAAUGGUGUCAUACUUCCGAUUUUCGGUAUAGUACUAGCUAGCAUGAUCAAGAUAUUUUAUGAACCACCUCAUGAACUGAGAAAGGAUUCGAAAUUCUGGGCGCUAAUGUUUGUAGUCCUUGGUUUAGCUACAUUUAUUGCUUAUCCAUCACAGACUUACUUUUUUUCGGUGGCUGGUUGUAAGCUGAUAAGACGGAUUAGACACAUGUGCUUUGAAAAAGUUGUAACUAUGGAGGUAGGUUGGUUUGACAAGCCUGAAAACUCGAGUGGGGCUAUUGGUGCAAGGCUCUCUGCUGACGCUGCCAGUGUGCGUGCUUUAGUUGGAGAUACACUUGCACAGGUGGUUCAAAAUGGAGCAUCGGCAGUGGCUGGCCUGGUCAUUGCUUUUGCAGCAUGUUGGCAAUUGGCUUUUAUUGUUCUUGCUAUGCUGCCAUUAAUAGGACUCAAUGGAUAUGUUCAAAUGAAAUUCAUGACAGGAUUCAGUGCAGAUGCAAAGUUGAUGUAUGAAGAAGCUAGCCAAGUUGCGAAUGAUGCAGUUGGAAGUAUAAGAACAGUUGCUUCUUUUUGUGCUGAAGAGAAAGUGAUGGAGUUGUACAAACAGAAAUGCGAGGGUCCUAUGAGGACGGGAAUCAGGCAAGGACUGAUAAGUGGGAUCGGGUUCGGGGUGUCUUUCACCUUACUAUUCUGCGUCUAUGCUACAUGUUUUUAUGCUGGAGCACAGCUAGUUGAUAGUGGAAAGACCACAUUUAAUGAAGUUUUUCGUGUUUUCUUUGCAUUGACCAUGGCAUCUGUGGGAGUUUCUCAAUCAAGUUCGUUGACACCAAAUUCAAGCAAAGCCAAGAGCGCUACCGCUUCUAUCUUUGCAAUCCUAGAUCGGAAGUCAGAGAUAGAUCCAACUAAUGAGUCUGGCGAAACUUUAGAAAAUGCGAGAGGAGAAAUAGAGUUACGUCAUGUGAGCUUCAAGUACCCAACUAGACCAGAUGUUCAGAUCUUCCGAGACCUCAACUUGACAUUACGAAGUGGCAAGACAGUUGCCCUGGUUGGAGAAAGUGGAAGCGGAAAAUCAACUGUAAUAGCAUUAUUGGAAAGGUUUUAUGAUCCUGAUUCAGGUCAUAUCACCCUUGAUGGAGUUGAGAUACAAAAACUCCAAUUGAAGUGGCUCAGGCAGCAGAUGGGUCUUGUAAGCCAAGAACCAGCCUUAUUUAAUGACACAAUUCGAGCAAACAUUGCAUAUGGAAAGGAAGGUGGCGCAACUGAGGCAGAGAUUAUAGCUGCAGCUGAAAUGGCAAAUGCUCACAAGUUCAUCAGCGGUUUGGCGCAGGGAUACGACACUAUAGUUGGGGAGAGAGGAACACAGUUGUCAGGCGGACAGAAACAGCGUGUGGCCAUUGCGCGUGCCAUAGUAAAAAGUCCGAAGAUACUACUGUUAGACGAAGCUACAAGUGCUCUAGAUGCUGAAUCCGAAAGAGUUGUUCAAGAUGCAUUAGACCAUGUGAUGGUUAACCGGACUACAGUUGUCGUUGCUCAUCGACUGUCAACAAUAAAAAACGCAGACGUAAUUGCAGUGGUGAAGAAUGGAGUGAUUGCAGAGAAGGGAAAACAUGAGGCAUUGAUCAAUAUCAAUGAUGGAGUUUAUGCUUCCUUAGUUGCACUCCACAUGAGUGCAGGAAAGUAGGAUCAUGUUCAAGUCCUUUGUUUCAUGCAUUCUGUAAUUUGUAAGUUAUAGUAGUAGUAAUGGCAAUCAUAACUAUUUUCCAUUGUUAAAUGUAAUGGGAAAGAAACUAUGGUGCGACGAUAUGUUAAAAGAUUGAUCUUUCUUUUUAAGGAGUUAAAAAAUUGACCUUAA